GCUAAAGUGGUACCAUAUUGGAUUUUCUUUGGAUAGUAUGAGGAUACUGUAUUCGUUUCUUCAGAUCAGCAGAAAUAUGCAUCAGAGAAACCAAACCACCAUCUCUGAGUUCAUCCUCCUGGGUCUCUCCAGCCAGACUGAGCAGCAGAAACUUCUCUUUGCGUUUUUCCUGAGUAUGUACCUAGUCACCGUGGUUGGGAAUGGACUCAUCAUUCUGGCCAUCAGCUUGGAUUCUAACCUUCAUACUCCCAUGUAUCUCUUCCUUGCCAACCUAUCCUUUGCUGAUAUGUUCUCCAUUUCUACCUCAGUCCCCAAAAUGCUGUUGAAUAUCCAAACCAAGAGUCAGUCCAUCUCCUACAAGAACUGCAUCACACAGAUGUACUUCUCUAUUGUGUUUGUUGUCAUUGACAAUUUCCUCUUGGGGGUCAUGGCCUAUGAUCGCUUUGUGGCGAUCUGCCACCCUCUGAACUAUACAUCCAUCAUGCAUCCUAAGCUCUGCAUUUUACUCACAGUCAUUCCAUGGGUCCUCAGUAAUAUUGUUGCCCUGACACACACCCUUCUGCUCACUCUGCUGCUCUUCUGUGACAACAACAUUCUCCCACACUUCUUCUGUGACUUGGCUGCUCUGCUAAGACUGUCCUGCUCAGAUACAAUGAUCAAUGAGCUUGUGAUGUUUGUUGUGGGCUUAUCAGUUAUCACCUUCCCCUUUGCCCUCAUCCUCUUCUCCUAUAUCUGCAUCAUCAGAGAUGUCCUGAGAAUCUCAUCCACCGAGGGAAAGUGGAAAGCCUUCUCCACCUGCAGCUCUCACCUGACAGUUGUAUUACUCUUCUACGGGACCAUUGUGGGAGUGUACUUCUUCCCCUCAUCAGCUCACCCUGAAGACACAGAAAAGAUUGGUGCAGUGCUUUUCACGGUAGUGACACCUAUGAUGAACCCCUUCAUCUAUAGCCUGAGGAACAAAGAUAUGAAAGGUGCUCUGAGAAAGCUCCGCGAUAGGAAAAUAUUUCUUCGGUUGAUGCCCCCGGGCAUCUGAGCUCCUUUCAUCCUCUUAAUGAAAUGAGUGACUUCAUACAGACUUUGUGGCAUAGUCCUGAUUGCUCAGCCUGCUUUUGAUGAACUGUUGGAUAUCUACCUUCUAUUUCAACCUCUGAGAGACUGGCGAUUUUCCACAUGGGUCUAGUCUUGGAAACAAGACCUCUAACUCCCAUGGUAAGCCACAGCAGUAACACACAUCUUAAUUACAACCUAUAUUGCUGUAAAUGUUGAUGAUAAAUAUUUAUAACUUAGACAAUAACAGGUGCAUGUAAUACCUACAGCCUAGCUUUUAUGGCUCUGAAUACAAUUGCCAUUUCUUUAUUCAAUCUCUAUUUUCUAGGUCGGAUUUUCUCAGUUUGUUUGGUGAAGAUAUUAUUUUGGUGCAGUAUUUAAUAGUAGCAAACGUGAAAGUACCCACGUUCAAAUAAUUUAAAGCAACUCUCAGUUAAAUGAAGAAAAUAUAUUAACCAGACAACUUCUCAGAAUUUUAGUGUAGUGUAAAUCUCCCACAGGGUAAUACAGUAUGCAGAAUUUCUCAAAAUUGAACUAUUCAGUCAUACAGAAACUCAUUGAUCACCUAGUAGUUCAUGGGACUGGCAUUGUAUGAAAUACAUUUUGGGAAACAUGACUCCAGGUGACUUCAAUUAUUUCAAUGUAAAGCCACAAAACCUGUGUAAUGGAAGAUACCAGUUAUAGUCCUCACUCUGUCCCCAGGUAGCUAUGAAGACUUUAAGUAGGUCAGCUCACUUUCCUGGGCCUAUUUUCUCACCUAUAGAAUAAGACCAUGGUUCUCAUUUUUGACAAUUUGUUUCCAAUUAGUGUGUAUAACAGAAUCCACUGGGAGAACUUUGUCAAAAUUCACAUCCACAGACCACGUAAUGCCUUCUUUGUUUGACCAGUUUUAAUUGUCAAAAAUUCAGAUUAGCAAUCAAUUUCAUUAAAUGCAUCCAGAAUGAAUUUUACUGAGGUUUAAGAAAAGAUACAGAAAGCCACAACACAUGCCACAGCAAUAAUACAGUGGCUGUCUGGUGACUCUCAGGUGUGCCUUUUAAACAUUCCAGUCAUUCUACACUUGAGAUGUGCAAGGUCAAGAGAGAGUGCUGCGAGGAUACAGACCACUUCAGUUCAGGGAAACUACAGCUCUGGGGUUCCUUAGGCAUUGUG